CAGACGUUGGAUCACAGAGAGCUCCGGAAAGAAAUGGUUGUGAGAAGAGAGAUGGGUGAGGUUGAUCCCGCCUUCGUCCAAGACAUAGAGCACAGGCCUAAGCUUGCCGUAGUUGAGGCCGGAGGGAUCCCACUGAUCGACCUCUCCGUUCUGAAUUCUGUACAUGGGAAAGAGGAGGGAGACCCACGGGGACUUGCAGGUCUUGUGGCAGAGAUAGGAGAUGCAUGCAAAGACUGGGGCUUUUUCCAGGUGAUCAACCACGGGGUGCCGUCGGAUCUGCGACUUAGAGUCGAGACAGUGGCGAAGAAGUUCUUCGCUCUGCCUCUGGAGGAGAAGUACAAGGUACGGAGAGACGAGGAGAAUCCUUUGGGUUACUACGACACUGAGCAUACCAAGAAUGUCAGGGACUGGAAGGAGGUUUUCGACUUCAUGCUGGAGGAUCCCACAGUAAUCCCGGCUUCACAUAAGCCCGACGAUCAGCAGUUAAAUGAGCUGAGGAACCAGUGGCCCGACUACCUUCCCGAAUUCAGGGGGGCGUGUGAGGAGUAUGCUCGAGGUGUAGAGAAGCUAGCGUUUCAGCUAUUGGAGCUAAUCUCACUGAGCUUGGGCUUGCCAGGAAAGCGGUUGAAUGGGUUCUUUAAAGACCAGACCAGCUUUGUCCGUCUUAACCACUACCCUCCUUGCCCUUCACCAGAGCUCGCCCUCGGGGUUGGUCGACAUAAGGAUGCCGGAGCCCUUACCGUGCUUGCUCAGGAUGAUGUUGGGGGUUUGGACGUAAAGCACAAGACAGAUGGCGAGUGGGUUAGGGUCAAGCCCAUCCCUGAUUCUUAUAUCAUCAAUGUGGGCGACAUUAUUCAGGUAUGGAGCAAUGACACGUACGAAAGCGCAGAGCACAGGGUGAGAGUAAACAGGGAGAGGGAGAGGUUUUCCAUUCCUUUCUUCUUCAACCCUUCACAUUACGUGACGGUGAAGCCUUUAGAGGAGUUGGUAAUUAUGCAGAAUAAGUCUCCCAAGUAUGAGGAGUAUAACUGGGGGAAGUUCUUCACCACAAGGAAGCUAAGCAAUUUCAAAAAGCUCGAAGUUGAAAACAUUCAGAUAUAUCACUUCAAAAAAGAUAUUUGAGUAAUCAUCCGAUUCCUCUGUACCCCAAUCUGGCAUGUUUAGUUUCGUUGGUUGUCUGGGUUUUCAGAUCAUCGAUACAUAUUUACCCAGUUUGUAAUAAUUAAUAAAUUAACUACUUAAUAGUUGUAGUGAUGGCUUGGCUUUAA